GGAAUCACUGGAAACUCUUUUACAGAGAGCUGUGGCACAUUGUCCUAAGGCUGAAGUGCUAUGGUUAAUGGGAGCCAAGGCCAAGUGGAUGGCAGGUGAUGUGUCGGAUGCUAGGAGUAUUCUAUCACUAGCGUUCCAGGCUAAUCCAAACAGUGAAGAGAUCUGGUUGGCUGCCGUUAAACUGGAGAGUGAAAACAAUGAAUACGAAAGAGCCAGACGAUUGUUAGCGAAAGCUCGUAGUAGUGCUCCAACUGCUAGGGUAUUCAUGAAAUCAGUGAAGUUAGAAUGGUGUUUAGGAUGUAUUCGUGAAAGUUUUAUUUUACUGGAGGAAGGUCUCAAACAUUACCCAGAGUUUGCUAAGUUAUGGAUGAUGAAAGGGCAGAUUGAAGAGCAAGAAAACAGAUCUGAAGAUGCUAGAAAAACAUAUCAACAAGGGCUCAAGAAAUGUGUGCAUUCCAUAUCACUGUGGUUGUUGCAUUCACGAUUAGAGGAGAAAGCCGGUAAUGUGACCAAAUCAAGAGCUAUAUUAGAAAAAGCUAGACUUCAUAAUGCACAUUGUCCUGAGCUAUGGCUGGAAGCUGUACGGGUGGAAGAAAGAGGUGGUAAUAAAAAUAUUUCACAAGCAAAUAUGGCCAGAGCAAUACAAGAUUGUCCAAACUCUGGUAUAUUGUGGGCAGAAGCUAUAUUUAUGGAGGCAAGACCACAAAGGAAAACAAAAAGUGUUGAUGCAUUAAAACGAUGCGAACAUGACCCAAAUGUAUUACUAGCAGUGUCAAGGUUAUUCUGGACUGAGCGUAAACUUAGCAAAGCAAGGGAAUGGUUUAAUAGAACUGUGAAGAUUGAACCAGACUUAGGGGAUGCGUGGGCAUACUUUUAUAAAUUUGAACUACAGAACGGGAAUGAGGAACAACAGGAAGAUGUGCGAAAGAAAUGUAUCAAUGCCGAGCCGCGUCAUGGUGAACUUUGGUGUUCUGUUGCAAAAGAUAUUGUGAAUUGGCGUAAGAAAACUGAAGAGUUGCUGCCAUUGGUUGCAAAAGUUGUCCCGCCUGUUGCGUAGGCCUGCAGCCCUCCCCUGUCUGUUGCGUAGACCUGCAGCCCUCCCCUGCCUGUUGCAUAGACCUGCAGCCCUCCCCUGUCUGUUGCGUAGACCUGCAGCCCUCCCCUUCCUGUUGUGUAGGCCUGCAGCCCUCCCCUGUCCUGUUGUGUAGGCCUGCAGCCCUCCCCCGCCUGUUGUGUAGGCCUGCAGCCCUCCCCCGCCUGUUGUGUAGGCCUGCAGCCCUCCCCCGCCUGUUGUGUAGGCCUGCAGCCCUCCCCCGCCUGUUGUGUAGGCCUGCAGCCCUCCCCCGCCUGUUGUGUAGGCCUGCAGCCCUCCCCCGCCUGUUGUGUAGGCCUGCAGCCCUCCCCCGCCUGUUGUGUAGGCCUGCAGCCCUCUCCCGCCUGUUGUGUAGGCCUGCAGCCCUCUCCCGCCUGUUGUGUAGGCCUGCAGCCCUCUCCCGCCUGUUGUGUAGGCCUGCAGCCCUCUCCCGCCUGUUGUGUAGGCCUGCAGCCCUCUCCCGCCUGUUGUGUAGGCCUGCAGCCCUCUCCCGCCUGUUGUGUAGGGCUGCAGCCCUCUCCCCUGCCUGUUGUGUAGGCCUGCAGCCCUCUCCCGCCUGUUGUGUAGGCCUGCACCCAGCCACUGUCAGUAUGUUCCGCAAUUACUAGGGAACCAAUUAUUCAUGGACACAAAUAAGUGAAAAUAAAACUAGAACUUAGUGACUUAUUUGUAAAUUUUGCGGUGUUGACUUUCGAUGAUUCUAUUGGUUGUACUUGAACAUAUUUCGAUAAACAUAAUAGAUUCUUGGUAACACCACUGAGUGAAUCCAAAAUAGCUGACUAAUGGCCAUUUUGUUUUUAACAAAUGCUGUCUUGAAAGCAUAUCGCUAACAUGACUGGGAGUGAUCUUGUUCAAACUUUACAUAUUUCAUGCUAGAAAUGCACUAUGUAUAUAUCAUGGGCAGAAUAAAGGAAAGAAUCAUACAAAUAAACGGCUCCACUUUGUAUUAUGUCUCAUAUUAGUUAAAUCAACUAUAAUGCUGGCAGUUAAAAAAAAAUGGACAGGGAUAUUUUUACACUAAAAAUGUAUUUCACUUAUCUCAUUGUCUAUCGAGGUUGUGUCAUAUCUAUCACUAUUUUUAUCUCUUAUACAUUAUAUAUACAUUGUAUAUUAAAGAUGUUAUUGUUUUUCAAAUUU